AUGAUCUGCUGCGGCGUCGGGGGUGUUCAAAGCCAGACGAUCACCGUGGACCGGCAGAUGAAGCGAUAUGAGGUGCCUCGUGUCGUCUUCAUCAACAAGCUGGAUCGCUACGGCUCAGACCCUUUCUUGGUCCUGGGACAGAUUCGCAAGAAACUUGGUCUGACGUGUCAGCCGGUGCAGCUGCCCAUUGGGGAAGAAGACAACUUCACAGGCUUGUGCGACCUCGUGGCACAGAAGGCCAGCUUCUUUGAAGGAAAGGACGGCAUCAGUCGGCGCAUAGCCGAAAUUCCGGAAAACAUGAAAGAGAAGGUCGCGGAGCACCGCGCCAAUCUGCUAGAAACCUUGGCGGACGUGGACGACGAGUUUGCAGAGAUCUUCUUGGAGAGUGAAGACAUUCCGGAAGAUGCCAUUCAUGCGGCAAUCCGCCGCACGACGCUGGCGCGGACGUUUUGUCCUCUUUUCAUGGGCUCUGCCUACAAGAACAAGGGCGUGCAGGACCUCUUGGACGGCAUUUGCCGGUACUUGCCGUCCCCACUGGAUCGAAAGAACACAGCGAUGAGCGCGCUGAAUGAGGAGGAGACGAUCGAACUAACCUCUGACCCCAAGGCGCCUUUGGUUGGCUACGCAUUCAAGAUCCAGGACCAUGCCAUGGCAGGUCAGGUGACCUACAUGCGUGUCUAUCAAGGCAAGAUCUCCAAGGGGGACCAGAUCGUGAACAUGAUGAACGAGAAGAGGCUCUCAGUGAAGCGCCUGGUUCGCAUGCACUCCAACGAAGUGAAGGAUGUCAGCGAGGCCUCAGCCGGUGAUAUCGUGGCGUUGGCAGGCAUGGAGUGCGAAUCUGGAGUGACUUUCACCGAUGGCAAGGCGAAAGUCACGCGCGGUGAUGUCGUUGUCUGUGACUGCAUCGCGCGACGAUCAAGCCCGGUUUCAGAAGGCUCUGCUCUGGUUCAGCAUGUUGCCAUGCAGGGUGCUGCAAGAAUCGGUGGGUUGAACUUCGUGUCAGAGGUCCAAGAGCCGAGCAAUGACUAG